AGAUAAAGCGGAGACUGGGAGUGAUGGUGCUAGUUCUAGUGGUACUUCGGGGGGGUCUACUUCUGACAACCAAAAGCUCUUAUUUGAUCGUGGAGUUCCCUCAAGAGUCGGGUGAGGAUGGCAGUAUUCCGACCGCAAUUGUAUCGAGUUCGUGGGCAUUUGAGGAUUCGACUGAUAACAAAUUAUGCUGCUGGUGGCCAAAUUUCAAAUCGGACGAACAGAGGAAAAAAGCUGUUAUUCAACAUAAGGAAAUUGACGUUGAAAAUUGUGUACCAUGCGAGAUCAACAUGAAAUACAAAACUGAUGCAUAUCAGAAAGCUGUUUUCAAGUUGAAACAGUUAGAAAGAGAUUCAGACAUAAACACAGAGGACGAAAAACGUCCAACAAGGGGAGUGCAAAAACAUUUAGAUUUCACGAGUGGUUCAGACUCAUCAUUGUCUCCUCCAACUCCACCAGGAAAAAGAAAACGGUGUUCUAAAGAAACACAAAUAAAUGAUGUACAAGUAUCUUCCAAGUCAAUUACAUUGGAUGAUGAUAUCAGUAACUUGCCUGUAUGUACAUCAUGUGAGACUGUUGAAGUAAUGUGUGCCAGAAUAUUAAGUGUAGUUGAAAAAAAUUCUAGAAAAAUUGAAAACUUAACACAGAUUGUCAAUGCGUCUAUUACAGAAAAGCUGGAUGGUAACCAAUUACCUACAUUGGUUGAGCUCAAUAAUUUACCCAUGAAAACUGAAGAAGAUAUAAAUUACAUGGACCAAAAUUUAAGCAAUAGGGAGGAGUACUUGGAAAUGGUAAGACCAUUGUUUUACUAA